AUGACAAGUGUUAUAAGAGAAGCUGUUUCUAAAGCCAAAAGAAGAUACCAACAAUUUGGAUUUGAUUUAGAUCUUUCAUAUAUUACACCACGAAUUAUUGCUAUGGGAUUUCCAAGUGAGAAAUUUGAAGCUGCAUAUAGAAAUCCGUUAGUUGAUGUGUUACAAUUUUUUGAAACAUUCCAUAAAGGACAUUAUAAAGUGUACAAUUUCUGUAGAGAAAAACCGUAUGAUGGAGAACAUAAAAUUAAAGGAGAAUAUGAAUAUUUUCCAUUUGAUGAUCAUAAUGCACCAGAAUAUCAAAUUAUUCCACAACUUUGUAAAGAUGUAGAUGAUUAUUUAAAAGCGGAUGAAAGAAAUGUUAUUGCACUUCAUUGUAAAGCAGGAAAAGGAAGGACAGGAUUAAUGAGUGCAUGUUUUUUGGUUUAUAUGCUUGAUUCAUUAAAUGCACAUGAAGCGAUUGAUUUUUAUGGAACAACAAGAACAUUUAAUAAAAAAGGAGUUACGAUUCCAUCACAACUUAAAUAUAUUAAUUAUUGGAGUGCGGCAUUAAAAUAUAGAUUUAAUAUUGGAGAAAGAACAGUUAAAAUGGUUAAAAUUGAAAUGACACCAACACCAAGAAUUGGAGAAGAAAUUUUUGUAAAAGUAUCAACAUUUAAUGAAUUUGUAUGUGAAAAAUCACUUACAAAUAAUAGAAAAUUAACAUUUAAACCAGCUA